AUGGAGACCGGCGAGCCGAAGGCGCCGCCGGUUCCCGAGCCCGGGUCCUGCGCGCUUGCUGGGGCCAAGUGGACGGCGACCCCGCGCCCGGCCCGGCCCCGCAGCCCUCGCCAGCCACCCUGGCUGUGCCCCCUCGCCCACCCCGCCGCCUUCCACGGUGGCCUCCGGGGCCGGCCCGGCCGCCUCGCGCCGCUGCCCGAGCCGCACCUGCUGCGUCUGCGCCCCACCUCGUUGCGCACCCAGGACAUCGCCCACUUGCUCACGGGCGUCUUCCGCGGCUUGUACACUGCCGAGGUCAUCGGCGAAGAGGUGAGCGCCAACUUGAUCAAGGCCCGCGGCAGCGAGGAUGUGCGCCACGAAAAGUUCGUGGACGAGCUGCAGCAGAUUCGGGAGCUCUAUAAGCAGCGCCUGGAUGAGGCUGAGAUGUUGGAAAGACACAUCAUUGAAGCUCGAGCCAGGGACCUGGCGGAGAGAGAGCGGGUCACACGGCAGAUCCAACUAGAGGCCACUGCGUCGUUUGAAAUGCCUCCAGUGAAAUCUAUCUUCAGAUGGUGUGUGGACAAUGAGUUGCUACAGAAGCAUCACUUGAUCUGCCCAGAUGAUUACUACAGUGACCCAGCACCCUUCUGCUCGGCACCAAAAGGCAACUUUGACCCGAGAUGUAAAAAAAUGACAUUUAGUUGUGAGAUGCAUGCCGUCCCAAAGCAAGAGCUGACCAAGAAGGCUGGACCUUCUUGCAAGAAGCUGCUCCCUAAGUUAGAAGAGUCAGACUACACUCUGGACAGCCUGACGUGGGACUUGCCUUCAAAGGUCAAAGUCAGUACCAAGGAAACUGUCAAGGCAGGUCCACCAAAGAAUAAAAACUGGAUGAAUCACUUACGUAUGCCCCAGAGAGAGCUGGAGCGACUUCUGCUUGCCAGAAUGGAGAGUCGGAACCACUUCCUGAAAAACCCUCGUUUUUUCCCUCCUAACACUCAGAAUGGGGGCAAGUCUCUUCUCUUUCCUCCAAAGCUGCCAGCACUGAGGGGAACAUGCCAGAAUGUGGACCGGGGCCAGAGCUGCUGCGCUGACACGCCAGUGUUUCUUGCUAAGCCAUCAGUUGCAUUUUUCACGGAUUAUGAAAUUGGAUCAGUGUAUAAGAUGGUAAUCUCCCUGCAGAACAUCACCUCGACCAGCCGCUUCCUGCGAGUCCUCCCGCCUUUCACUCCGUACUUCUCUCUGGGAUUGGGGAUGUUCCCCGGAAAAGGUGGAAUGGUGGCUCCUGGAAUGAUCUGCCAAUACACUAUUCAGUUUUUUCCCGACUGCCUUGGGGAUUUUGAUGAUUUUAUUUUAGUUGAGACUCAGUCGGCUCACACGCUCCUGAUUCCCCUGCAGGCCCGGAGGCCUCCCCCGGUGCUGACUCUGUCGCCUGAGCUGAACUGUGGCUACUGCCUCAUUGGCGGAAUAAAGAUAACCAGAUUCCUCUGCAGAAAUGUGGGCUUCAGUGGCGGCAGGUUCUGCAUUAUGCCUAAGAAGAGCUGGCCCCCGCACAGCUUCAGGGCUGUUGCAACCCUUGGCUUUGUUGAACAACCUCCCUUUGGAAUCCUGCCUGCUGUGUUCGAGCUGGUGCCGGGGCAGGCCAUCUUAGUGGAGGUCUUGUUCCUCCCAACAAACCUAGGAAAGGCAGAGCAGACCUUUGUCAUCGUGUGCGACAACUGCCAGGUCAAGGAGGUGGUGACCGUAGGAAUCGGGCAGCUGGUUGCAUUGGAUCUGGUCUAUGUUUCUGGUGAAAAAAGUCAACCGGAGCCAGGGGAGUUCACAGACUUAACAGCCCAGCACUUCAUACGCUUUGAGCCUGAAAACCUUCAGUCCACAGCCAGGAAACAGCUGAUUAUUAGAAAUGCUACGCAUGUGGAGCUGGCCUUCCACUGGCAGAUCACGAAGCCCAACCUGAAGCCCCUGAUGCCCGGAGAAGCCUACAGUGCCGACAGCAUCAAGUGCCACCCCGACAGGGAGACCGCCUUCUCCAUCACGCCCCAGUGGGGGGUUUUCAACCCCCACACAGACCACGAGUUCACCCUGAGCUUUUCUCCUCAUGAGCUGAGAAAUUUUCACAGUGUGUUCCAGUUGGUGCUUGAGGAAAUCCCAGAGCCCGUGAGUUCACAACUGGAAAACCUGGAGGAGCCCUCCUAUACGUUGGAUGACGUGAUUGUCCUGGAAAUCGAGGUGAAGGGCUCAGCAGAACCAUUCCAGGUUCUCUUAGAACCAUAUGCCCUCCUCAUCCCUGGGGAGAACUACAUUGGCAUAAAUGUGAAGAAAGAGUUUAAGAUGUGGAACAACAGCAAGUCCCCUAUCAGAUACACGUGGGGGAAGAUCAGCGACGUGCACAUCAUUGAAGUGGAGCCCUGCGUGGGGGCCAUAGAACCCAGCGAGGUCGAGUAUUUUGUGUUGAGCUUUACCGGGGGUGUCCCUGGGCCGACCAGUCACGACCUGCUGUGUGAAAUCAAAGACUCCCCCUUGCCGGUGGUGCUGCACAUCGAGGCGGCGUUUAAGGGGCCUGCUCUCAUCAUCAAUGUCUCAGCCCUCCAGUUUGGUUUGCUUCGCCUGGGGCAGAAAGCCACGAUCUCCAUCCAGAUACAGAACAUCAGCCAGCUCCCAGCCGUAUGGCACAUGCAGGAGAGCCCGGAUUGCCUGGAAGAAAGGCAGGAGAAAGUGUCUCCUUUGGACAUCGAGCCCUCCAGCGGCCAGAUCCACCCUCUGGGGGAGUGCAGGGUGAGCGUCACCCUGGAGGCCUCGUGCUGCCAGCGCCUGCAGACGGUCCUGGAGCUGGAGGUGAUGAACGGGCCCUGCAGCUACCUGCCCGUGUAUGCCGAGGUGCAGCAGCCCUAUGUGUACCUGCAGAGCAGCCAGGUGGAGGUCAGCCAGCUCUACCUGGGUGUGCCCACAAAAACAGCUGUCACCCUCAUCAAUGGCACACUUCUGCCCACCCACUUCCACUGGGGCAAGCUCCUGGGACAUCAAGCAAGCUUGUGCACAGCAAGAAUCUCCCCCAGACAAGGCACACUGGGCCCCAGCGAGGUGCGCCACCUCCACCUGGAGUUGACUGCUCACACCAUGGAAGAGCUGACUGAUCUGGCCCUGCCUUGUUAUGUGUCUGGCAUGAAGAAGCCUCUGGUGCUGGGAAUUUCUGGGAAACCUCAGGGACUGCAAGUGGCCAUCACCGUAUCUCCGGUGGACUCUGAGGGCAGUGUUCCCAUCGCCGAGCUGUGGCCAGGUCACCCCGAGGAGCGCCGCCUGGACUUUGGCUCAGCAGUGCCACUGAGGACCCAUGUGACUCGCCAGCUCAUCCUGACCAAUUACUCCCCAAUACAGACCCCCUUCACCCUCAAGUUUGAGUUCUUUGGGAGUCCUCAAGACAACUUAAGUCAGAAGCCCAGCCUCCCCGACUUGCACCCCACCCUGCUGAAGACAGCGCGCAUGCGAGAGCUCUUGGCCAAGCGGGAGCAGCAGGUUUUGAUGGAAAGCGUGUUGUCUCACGGGAAGGGAGCGGCCUUCUUCCCCAAGGUUCCCCAGGGCAUGCUGGGGGGCCACCAGCAGCUCAGCAUCGACCUCACAGGCUGUGCCAACAUGUGGGGUGAAUACUGGGACAACCUCAUCUGCACGGUGGGAGACCUGCCACCGACAGUGAUCCCGGUGCACAUGGCAGUGGUGGGCUGCCCCAUCAGCUCCCAGAGGACCACCUACCACAUGGCUGGCCAGUGCCAGAAGGAACCCAUCGUCAGGUUCAGCACCCAGGUCUCUGGAGGAGACACAAUCACCCGAGCCCUUCGCCUGAAUAACUCCAGCCCAUGUGACAUCCGCCUGGACUGGCAGACGUACGCGCCGGAGGACGCGGCGGACCGGCUGGUGGAGCUGCUGGUGUUCUCCGGUCCGCCUUUCCCGCGGCUGGGCCAGGCCGGGAGCGAGCUCGCGUGCCCCAAGACCCCCGAGAGCGGCAGCCUCCUGGGGUCCUCAAGUCUCUCCAGCGUGUCGGAACUCAGCCAGGGCACCCCCGUGUCGGCCGAGGACAGCGCCAGCGCCGGGGAGGGCGCCGCGCCGAUGAUCUCGGUCGUCCUGCGGGCGCACGACGGGGUGCUCUCAGACCACCCCUACAGCGUCAGCCCCAAGCAGGUGGUGGUCCCCGCGGGGGGCAGCAGCACCAUCUUCGUCUCCUUCACACCCCCGGCGCUCGGCCCCGAGGACCCGCACAAGGUGGAGUGCGCUGGCUACGCCCUGGGCUUCCUGAGUUUGGACGACGAGGUGGAGAGGGAGCUGCCGGGGAGGAGGCGGCGUCUGCAGGACUUCGCCGUGGAACCCCUGAGGCUGGACCUGCACAGCUGCGUGAGGCCCACACAGCUGAGCGUGGAACUAGACUACGGCGGCGGCGUGGGGUUCCGGCACCAGGCCAGCGAGCUCAUCCCCGAGCAGCCCUGCUCCGGGGUGCUGAGUGAACUGGUGACCACCCACCACCUGAAGCUCACCAACACCACGGACAUCCCGCACUACUUCCGGCUCCGGGUCGCCAAGCCGUUCUCCGUGUCUCAAGACGGGGCCGGCCUCAGGAGCAGAAACCCCGGCCCCAGCCGGCAGCUGGUGCUUCGCCCACAGGAGAACAUGCUGGUGAACGUGUCCUUCUCCCUCUCCCUGGAGCUGCUCUCCUAUCAGAAGCUCCCCGCUGACCAGAUGCUGCCCGGCGUGGACAUUCAGCAGAGCGCCAGCGGGGAGAAAGAGAUGGUGUUUACGCAGGCUCUGCUGCUGGAGUACAGCAACCAGACCACACAGGUGGUGCCCCUGCGAGCCAUUGUGGCCGUGCCUGAGCUGCAGCUCUCCACCAGCUGGCUGGACUUCGGGACCUGCUUUGUGAACCAGAGGCGGGUCCGGGAAGUCUACCUGAUGAACCUGAGCCGCUGCCGGAGCUACUGGGCUGUGCUGAUGGGCCAGCCGGACAAGGACCCUAUGGCUUUCAGCGUCUCCCCAAGAAGUGGGCAGCUGGAGGCGCGACCAGUUAAUGCACCCCCAACCUCCAUCACCCUGCAGAUCUUCUUUACUGCCAGGAGCAGUCAGCUGUACGAGUCCACGCUGGCGGUGGAAGGUGCGCUUGGCGAGAAGGUCUGCACCCUGCGACUGAGGGGCCAGGGCUCUCACGACGAGAGAUAUGUGUCCCCCCUCCAGCUCUAAGGCUCUGCCCUCAGCCACCUGGCUUCGGAAAUAAAGAGGGUCCGGCGCUAAGAACAGGUUUGCUGGGCAGGGGCACGGCCAGGGGAAUCUUGGCGGCGCCCCCACCCCGGGAAGACCGCGGCAAUCAGGAACCACUGCUCGGCCUGGCGGCCCUCGG